CUCACCACGACACUCGACAUGGCAGGCCCACCAGUAAAGGAGCGAUACAACGCCAAAGCCCGUCAAUCAGUCGCAGGCGGCUCAUCACACAAGAAGCGACGCCGCAGCGGUAAUGCACACUCUAAAGCGACACCGGGGCAGCCGGAUAGCAAUCGAGAAGUCAUCGAUCCCACGAGCGCAGAAGAUCAAGAAUGGAGGGAAAAGGAGGCAAAGAGGAGAGAGCUCCUCGCCGCCUCUCAAUCAGACCCAUCACAGCGUCUCACCUCAAAGAAGCGCAAGCGACUCGACGCCUACAUCGCUUCGCGGCUCAAGAAGGAGGCAAGGGCAGACCUACUCGAGGAGCUCGCACAAAGCUCUGCUCAAGUACGAGAGGGCAGACAGGAUCUUGUCAGUACGAGGACGUUGGGAACUGGCAAGGGCAAGUCGGCCAGGCAAUUGCUGCAGGGCAUGCAACGCGAUCCAGGUUAUGACGAGGAUGAUGAUAGUCAAGAUGAGGACGAGGAAGACUUCGAGGGUCAGACAGUGCUUCGUCCUCCGCCUAUUCAGCAGCAAGAACAUGACGAACGCCCCACCGGCGAAGUCCUGGACGACCCUGAGCGAAGGCAACGAAUCCUCGAAGCUGCCGCUCUCUUUGCGCCUUCCUCCUCUUCCCAUAACAAGCCCGUCGCAACGGGCUCAGCACUAGCUCCUGGGACCAUUGGCCUCGGCUCGGCCCUGGCUAGAGGGCCGGAUGGAGAGCCGUUGGCACCAGUCAUGCGCACGAGGAAGCGUAAGGGGCCUAGUCAGAGGGAGAGGAAGAGAUUGAGGGAGCAGGCGGAACGGGAGGCGAAGGAGGCUGAGGAUCAGAGCGACUUCGAUAGCUCGGCAAGCUCUGGAGAUGAUGACGAGGAUGAAGACAUCGAGGAGUCGGACGACGAAGACAAGAGCGCUGCUGACAAAGCAGUCAAGCAACCACCCGCCGCCGACGAUGCCGAGAGUGGUGCAGAUGAAGACGAGGAAGAUACAGACAGCGAAGGCGAAGUCAUCCUUCGAGAAGCCAUGCGUCUACGCGGCAUGCCUGCCGAAAGCGAAGAUGACGACGACGACGAGGAGGACACAGACAGCGAGGGAGAAGUCGUCCUCCGUGAAGCUAUGCGUCUGCGUGGUAUACCUGACGAAAGCGAGGAUGACGAUGAAGAUGGUGAAGGCUCCGAAAAUGAGGUCGACGACUCGCAACGCGACACCGACAGCGAGGAGGAAGUCGUGCUCCUCGAGGCUAUGCGGCGCAGAGGUCUUGCGCUACCCAGCGAGGAUGAGGGGGACGACAGCAGCGAAAGCGAUGGCGAUGAGGAGGUGGAGGAGGUCUCACCUCAAGGAGACGAGUCUCGUGAAGCCAGCUUCGAGCUACGCUUGGCUGAGGAGCCCCAACCUGCUCUGGAGGAGGAUGCACAAUCUGUUGCUGAGAGCUUGCCGUGGGAAGGAUUUGGAUCGGAGGCCGAAGCUGGCGAUGAGGAUGAAGAAGGCAUAUCGUCAGGUGAAGACGGCAAUGUCAUGGAGCACAGAGAUGAAGAGCAAGAUGAGGACCACGACGACGACGGCGACGACGACGACUCAGAUGAAGACGACUCAGAUGACCCAGAUGCCACAGAGAACGAAGCCUCACGCCGUCGUGGCAUCCCACGCACUGAGCGCAGCUCCGGGUUCAAGGACUGGGCACGCUCUGCUCUCGGAUUUGGCAACGACGACCAAGGAGCACGCGCAGAGGACGGUCGUCCCCUUGAGCCCGUCGCUGGGCUUAGCGUCAAAGUCUCCGACAUGGGACCUCAAGACGGCGUUGCCCGCGGGCCUCUCGGAGAGGACGAGGCGACACCUGCCUCUCUGUCUGCCUUUGCGGCCAAGUACUAUGACGAGGUUUCCUCCACGAAGGCACUACGUAAUGUGCCGGUCGAUCGAUCACAGGAGAUCAUCGAAACUCGCUUACGCCUGCCUGUGGUGCAAGAAGAGGAGCGUGUAGUCAAGACGAUCCUCGAGAACGAGGUGACGGUCAUCUGCGGUGAGACAGGAAGCGGCAAGACGACGCAAGUAGCUCAAAUGCUCUACGAGCGUGGCUUUGGUACGCCCGGGUCCGACAAUCCAGGCCUCGUCGGCAUCACCCAGCCACGCCGAGUCGCUGCGGUCUCCACCGCCCGCCGAGUGGCAGAGGAGCUCAACCUGAGCACCGACCGUGUUUCUCACCAAGUGCGCUUCGACGCGACCGUCUCGCCCGAGACGAGCCUCAAGUUCAUGACGGACGGUGUUCUGCUACGCGAGCUGGCCGCCGAUCUGUUGCUAAGUAGAUAUAGCGUCGUCAUCGUGGAUGAGGCGCACGAGCGGAGUGUCAACACCGACGUUCUAAUCGGCGCGCUCAGCCGCAUCGUGAGGCUCAGGGCAAAGCGUUGGAUCGAAGGAGGGGCAAACGCCACCAAGCCGCUGCGCCUCGUGAUCAUGAGCGCAACGCUGCGUGUCGCAGACUUCGUAGAGAAUCCAACUCUCUUCCCUAAGCCGCCUCCACUGCUCAAGAUCGAGGCUAGACAGCACCCGGUCACAGUGCACUUCAAUCGCAGGACGCCGCAUGACUACAUCGAGGAGGCGGUCAAGAAGGCUGGCAAGAUCCAUACGCGAUUGCCAUCGGGUGGUAUUCUGAUUUUCAUGACCGGGGAGCAAGAAAUCAGGACGGUCGUCCAAAGGCUGGAGACUAAGUAUGGCAGGCAAAGGAAGGACAAGAGGAUUGGCGCUGGUGACGAUGAAGACCCCAAGGUGGGCAAGACUGCAGACAAGGAGGGCCUCGAGGCCGAGGACAUCACGCUUGGCGCAGACGACGACGAUACUGCUCAGCAGGACGAUCUACCAGACGCGUCCGACAAGGACGAGCAGGACGCCGAAGCUCUCGACACGGACGAUGAAGCCGAUGCUGCCUCCGAUGCCGGCGAUGACGAUACGCCCAUCGACGCCCGCUCCUCAUCUGCUCCGCCCAUGCACAUCCUGCCGCUCUACUCUCUCCUUUCCUCCCAAAAGCAACUGCAAGUAUUCCAACCCCCACCCGCAGACUCCCGACUGGUCGUCGUAGCCACGAAUGUGGCCGAGACAUCCCUGACCAUCCCCAACAUCCGCUACGUGGUCGACUGCGGUCGCGCCAAAGAGCGCAAGUACGAUGCUAGCUCCCCUUCGGGUAUAUCCAGCUUCAAAGUUGACUGGAUCUCCAAGGCUUCCGCCGCUCAGCGUGCCGGUCGUGCCGGUCGUACUGGGCCUGGGCAUGCGUAUAGGCUCUACUCGUCAAACGUCUACGAGGAGUACCUUCCCGAGUUCGCCGAGCCCGAGAUCCGCCGUACACCAGUCGAAGGGCUGGUUCUGAGCAUGAAGGCGAUGAAUAUCGACAAUGUAGUCCACUUCCCCUUCCCUACCCCUCCAGAUCGACAGGCAAUUGCACGAGCGGAGAGGGUGCUGGUCAGGCUGGGGGCGCUCAAGCUGGAGACAGACACCAAGACUCGCAGGCAAGUGGCGAAGAUCACAGAGCUGGGAAGGACGAUGAGCCUCUUCCCGCUGAGCCCGAGGUAUGCGAAAUUGCUUGUGCAGGGACAGCAACAUGGCUGUUUGCCCUACGUCGUGGCUCUUGUGGCGGCCCUGACGGUCGGGGAGCUCUUUGUAAGGGAUGAAGGGUUGCAUGCAGGAGAAGAGGAUGAUGAGGACCCGGAGGGACAGACGAAGACGACAGCGGCAGAGAAGGAUGCUCGCAAGGAGACGAGACGCCGUCGCUUCGCUGCGCUGGAGCGCUUCGACUCGUUGGGCGGUCACGGGAUCAGUGAUGCUUUCCGAGUCCUGGCCGUGGUAGGCGCCCACGCCUACGCAGGCAAGGAGGGAAGCGCUGAUUUCUGCGAGGAAAACUUUGUUCGACCCAAGGCAAUCGACGAGCUCACUCAGCUGCGCAAUCAGCUUUCCUCCCUCGUUCUUUCGACCCUCGACUCCACCCGCGAAACGGACGUCCUCUCCCGGACUCUGAAUAGCUCCUCCCUGCCGCCACCAAGCGAUACGCAGUACAAAGUGCUUCGCCAGCUCAUCGCCUGCGCCUACAUCGACCAGGUAGCCGUACGCGCCGAUCUUGCAGUCGAGGCGGCCAAGAACAUUCCAGCGUUGGCGUUGGAGGCAGCCGAGGGUAGGCUCAGCAAGCUCAGCAAGGCGAGGACCUGUCGCUGGGUGCCCUACUUGGCUGCGGGCGUUGCAGGUGAGGCCGUCUACGUUCAUCCUUCUUCGGCCCUCUAUGAGCACAACCCGCCGGAAUGGUGCGUGUUCAGUGAGGUGACGAGAUCGCAGCCCAAGAAGCGGCGCAGCAAGAAGGGCGAUGCCGAGGCGGGGGGUGCCGAAGAGGAGGGGGACGAGGAAGAAGACCAACCCGGCCGUCUAUACCUCCGAGGCUUGACCAAGAUCAACCCGAGCUGGAUCGCCAAGCUGGGGAAGGACUUGUGCUCCUUCUCUAAGCCUGUGGCGCUUGAUGGGAGUCUCCUUUCGGCUACGGCGGGCUCGGCGUCGUUGACGGAGCACGACGUGGCUGUGACGCCUACGUAUGGGACAGGCCCGGCGUGUGAUGCGAGCGAGCGGGCAGGGGGCGGUGUUGGUUGGGAAUUGCCGCCGAUGAAGGUUAAGCGACGCUGGGUUGGUGGAUCCGUGGGGUGGAAGGUUGACCUGUAAUAGUCGUGCUUCAUCUCCAUACGCUCUUGAUAGACAAGACCAUCAUGACUUUCUCUUCUAGACUUUUUGUCCCCUCUGCCUAAUCCAGCUCCAUCCUAU